GACAAGCAUGUCGGAAUAUAGAGUAGGAUUAUAAGUGCUUAUCAACACGUAUCCACAACUCGGAGUAAGGUAAGAACCGGUAAUUGUUGUUUAUCUACACCGAACUCCGAUAUCCAGACACCAGAAUCGAGAGUACAUAUAUAUCUUGUGUGGCCCGUUUCUGUGUCAUCGUGGCUUAAGUUUGGGGCAUUUAUCCCCCCAUACUUUUUCCGAUCGAUAUGUCUCCCGAACCGACUCAUUCUGAAGAGACGACCCCUUUAUUACCCAAAUCGCCUACUCAAUCUAUUAAUUCUACUACCGAUCACGAUGCGUUACUUACGCGUCAAACUAUAGCUAUUCGCGUUUCUGUCAUUUGCAUUCUCUCUGUGUUACUUGUUGAAAUAGGCGAUUUUAUGCUCCAAGCACCGCUGGCUCGGACUCUUGAAGACAUAAUAUGUCGAGAUUAUUAUUCGUCUGCUCCCCUUUCUGGAUUCAGUGAUGCGCCCCGACUUUCAAUUCCAGAAAGUCAUUGCAAGAAUGAUGUUAUCCAAGGGAAAUUGGCGAUGUUGAGAGGGUGGGAUGGAACUCUUGCUUGUAUUCCAGGACUGAUUUUGUCGGUACCGUUUGGAAUAUUGGCGGAUAAAAUUGGCAGGAAGACAGUGUUGUUUAUGAGUUUGAUAGGUCUAUCUCUGGGGUUGAUUUGGGUUCAGGUUAUCUGCUAUUUUGACACAUUCUUUGAUGUUAGAUGGAUUUGGUCGGCAAAUCUUUUGGCCUUGAUUGGAGGCGGCUCCGCAGUCACAAAAACCAUGUACUAUACUAUUAUCGCCGAUGUAGUAGCCGAAGAACAAAGAGCUACAGUUUUCUUUCAAAUUGUGUCAGCUUCUCUGAUAGCCACUUUAGCUGGUGUACCAUUGGCUUGGUGGCUUAUAAAAGUCUCAAGCCUACGGGCUCCUAUGAUGGCAGCUGUUUUAUUCGUAUUGUUAGGAGCCCUACUUGUACUUCUUCUUCCGGAGACGUUGCACCUCAGGGAACACUUGCGUAUUUCUUCACCAGAUACUGAUCAAGCACAAGAAGAGGUAAUUGAAUAUGAAGGUAGCUCCACCGAGGACGAAGGAGCCUUGACAUUUUCGCGAAAGAACUGGUCGAUGCUUCUUGAAAAGUUUGAGGAAUCUCGUUUUGUAUUCACGAAUCCAAAACUACUUGCACUUUCUGCUACAUUCUUGGUCCAGUCCUUGCAUGGAAUGAUGAAUCAGUUUCUUCUUCAGCUUGCCUCGAAAAGACUUGGCUGGUCACUUGCUGAUGCAAGUUUUCUCAUUCCUCUAGCUUCCAUCACAAACUUUGUUCAAUUGGUAUUCGUUCUCCCUGCAAUUUACGGUAUCCUGUCGAGAUUCCAUUUGCAAGCUGCUGUGAAGGAUCUGACGGUUAGUCGAGGCUCUGCUUUGCUUAUGGCAUUGGGAUCCCUCGGGCUUGCAGUAUCCCCCGCUCGAGGUCUAUUCGUCAUUUCAACGAUCAUAUUUUCUCUUGGAAUGGGUCUACACCCAGCUAUUCGAUCUCUUCUUACUGACUUGGUGGACCCAACACAAGUCAGUCGAUUGUACGGUGUUCUUGCCGUCAUGGAGACGAUUGGCGGCAUGGUUAGUAGUCCGUUGGUAGCAGGAGCUUUCAGCUCAGGUUUGAAAAAGGGUGGAUUAUGGAGCGGAGGAGGAUUUCUGGUUGCUGCAGUUGCAUAUGCCGCCGCUGGACUUCUAACUUUGUCGGUCAGUGUAAAGAAGGAUGAGAGCAUCACUCACGACGAUGUGAAUCAGGUAAUCGAUGAGGAGCGUUGAUGCAGGAAUCCCUUUCGUGGAGUAUGGGGGAAUUCGUGAUAUGAUCUUUAUGGUACGUAAUAGAGGCAUCAUUCGUAUAUUAAAGGCCUAGAAAGCGUUGGAUUGAAUUAGGAUUUGGGAGUGAUAUUUUUGUAAUACCAAGAAGCACAUGUAUACAUGGAGGUUUGAUAGUUGGACAAUGCAUAUGUAAUCUCUUGCAUACAAUAAAUGCGUUCGAGAGUUCGAUAGAUCUCGGCUCAAGCCAAAAGCAUGAGCGAUUGAAACAAGUCAACUGAUUCCCCAGCGAGGGCUAAUUUUACUGGA